AUGAACCCAAAUUCGAUCAUGAAGCAUUUCUUAAUGCAACCUAUUCUCGUGAAAAAUCAUAUGCCGCCCGCUAAAAAAUUACGUGAUAAUUUUGAAUUUGAUCCAUCUAUGAGUGGAAUGGGUAUGGGUAGAAGAAAAUUACAUGAGGUUCAUAUAAUGUUAAGUGAUUCGUCUAUAGAAACCCCACUAGGCUUAAAGAAAGAAGGCGAAAGAGUGGUAUAUACAAAAUCAAAUGCUUUCAAUGCUUCUAAAGAAGAUUUUAGUAUUGAAAAGAAGAAUGUUUUGAAGUACAUAUUCGAUAUAAACCACAACCAUAAAAGAAUUUGGAGAGAGAAUACAGUUAAAACAACUAUAGACUUCAAAGUGUCCAAGCGCAAAAGUAAGUUUAUUUAUAUUUUAAAUCUAUACACUUGUAUGCUGACGUGGGAUAAUCGAAACGAUGUCUCUAAAAUAUCGGCUAGAAAUUGGUUUAUGCCAACCUAUCAAUACAUUAUUGAAAAGAAGAAGGGUUGUGAUGCUGAUAGCAUAUAUCGUUAUUUCUCGUGUGAGGAUAUAUAUGACGGGGAUAUUCAAAAAUGCGAAAAGCUAACUUUCCAUAAUUUUGAUGCAUUGUUGACAAUUUUAUUGGUUGUGAUUUUAUUUAUAAAAUUUCAUUGUCAUCCAGCUCAAAGAUUGGUUGUGGUACAACGUAUAGUAUCAAUAUUUAUGAAUUCCUACGAAAAUAGCUCAAUGGGCACAACAAAAAAAGAAUUUGAUCCAAUAUGUUGGAAAUACUAUACAUGGUUGUUGAUUACAUUGUUGUAUUGCAGUUGUGAUUGUGGAUUAUUCACAAUAAGGUUCAUGCAACUAUACGACAAGCCACGGGCCGAGAUGUAUUUCAAUAUUAAAAAUUCAUAUUUGGAGAGAAUGAAAACAACUAUUGAGAUAUUCCACCAUGAAGCAAAUCAAGCCAAGGAAGAGAUAAUUAGAAAAAUAGUGCACUCUUCGGAAGUUGUGAGUCCAGCCUUUGGUGCAACUCCUUAA